UGUCCAAUCGCAGAAAUGAAUUGGAGAUCCCAUCAGUUCUGAUACCGAACCAAAUCUCGCGAGAACGGGCGAGGGGAUAAGUUAAGGAAACACGGCGAUGUCUAAUUUGUUAAAGAACAAGGGUUCCCUCCAGUUUGAGGACAAGUGGGAUCUUAUGCGCCCCAUUGUCCUUAAAUUGCUCCGCCAAGAGUCUGUAACGAAGCAGCAGUGGUUUGAUCUUUUCUCAGAUGUUCAUGCAGUUUGUCUAUGGGAUGACAAAGGACCGGCAAAGAUCCACCAGGCCCUCAAAGAGGACAUCUUAGAUUUUAUUAAACAAGCUCAAGCGCGAGUGCUCAGUCACCAAGAUGACACGGCGCUUCUCAAGGCUUACAUCGUGGAGUGGAGGAAGUUCUUCACGCAGUGUGACAUUCUGCCCAAACCGUUCUGCCAGCUGGAGAUCACCCUGAUGGGCAAACAGGGCAGCAACAAGAAGUCCAAUGUGGAGGACAGCAUUGUUAGGAAGCUGAUGCUGGAUACUUGGAACGAAUCGAUAUUCUCCAACAUCAAGAAUAGAUUGCAGGAUAGUGCGAUGAAGUUGGUCCAUGCCGAGCGGCUGGGAGAAGCUUUCGACUCGCAGCUGGUCAUCGGAGUCAGAGAAUCAUAUGUGAACCUAUGCUCCAAUCCUGAUGAUAAGCUGCAGAUCUACAGGGAUAACUUCGAGAAAGCCUACCUAGACUCCACUGAGAGGUUCUACAGGACCCAGGCGCCGUCCUACCUGCAGCAGAACGGAGUACAGAACUACAUGAAAUAUGCAGAUGCUAAAUUAAGAGAAGAGGAGAAACGUGCACUACGAUAUUUAGAGACAAGACGUGAAUGUAACUCUGUACAAGCACUUAUGGAAUGUUGUGUGAAUGCACUGGUGACAUCAUUUAAAGAAACUAUUUUGGCUGAAUGUCCAGGCAUGAUCAAACGAAAUGAGACUGACAAGCUGCACCUCAUGUUCUCUCUCAUGGAUAAAGUGCCCAAUGGGAUUGAACCCAUGUUGAAAGACUUGGAGGAGCACAUCAUCAGUGCUGGACUGGCAGACAUGGUGGCCGCUGCCGAGACCAUCACAACUGACUCUGAGAAGUAUGUGGAGCAGCUCCUGACUCUGUUCAAUCGAUUUAGUAAAUUAGUGAAGGAAGCGUUCCACGAUGAUCCUCGGUUCCUUACAGCCAGAGACAAAGCGUACAAAGCAGUUGUGAAUGAUGCCACAAUAUUUAAGUUGGAGCUGCCAAUGAAACAGAAGGGAGUGGGCCUGAAAACACAACCAGAAUCGAAGUGUCCGGAGCUGCUGGCUAACUAUUGUGACAUGCUGCUAAGAAAGACGCCACUCAGCAAAAAGCUGACCUCAGAAGAGAUCGAGCUCAAACUGAAGGAAGUGCUACUCGUGCUAAAAUACGUCCAGAAUAAGGAUGUGUUCAUGAGGUACCACAAAGCCCACCUGACCAGACGUCUGAUCCUGGACAUCUCAGCGGACAGUGAGAUUGAGGAGAACAUGGUCGAGUGGCUCAGGGAAGUUGGGAUGCCUGCUGACUAUGUGAACAAGCUAGCUAGAAUGUUCCAGGACAUCAAAGUGUCCGAAGAUCUUAACCAGGUUUUCAAGGAAAUGCACAAACACAACAAGCUGGCUUUACCAGCGGACUCGGUCAACAUAAAGAUCUUAAAUGCUGGAGCGUGGUCACGCAGCUCAGAGAAAGUGUUUGUGUCUCUGCCCACCGAGCUGGAAGACCUCAUUCCUGAGGUGGAAGACUUCUACAAGAAGAACCACAGCGGCCGCAAACUCCACUGGCACCACCUCAUGUCCAAUGGCAUUAUCACUUUCAAGAAUGAAGUAGGGCAGUACGACCUGGAGGUCACGACCUUUCAGCUGGCUGUACUUUUUGCCUGGAACCAAAGACCACGAGAGAAGAUCAGUUUUGAGAACCUGAAACUUGCCACUGAGCUGCCUGAUGCUGAACUGAGACGAACUCUCUGGUCUCUCGUUGCCUUCCCAAAGCUCAAACGCCAAGUGCUGUUAUAUGAACCUCAAGUGAGCUCUCCCAAAGACUUCACAGACAGUACAUUGUUUUUCGUUAACCAGGAAUUCUCCUUGAUAAAAAACACCAAGGUUCAAAAGAGGGGGAAAAUAAACCUAAUUGGCCGAUUACAGCUGACGACUGAGCGAAUGAAAGAAGAGGAGAACGAAGGCAUCGUCCAGCUUAGAAUAUUAAGAACACAGGAGGCCAUCAUUCAGAUCAUGAAGAUGCGCAAGAAGAUCACAAACGCUCAGCUGCAGACCGAGCUGGUGGAGAUCCUGAAGAACAUGUUCCUCCCUCAGAAGAAAAUGAUCAAGGAACAGAUCGAGUGGCUCAUUGAGCACAAGUACAUCAAGAGAGACGAAACGGACAUUAACACGUUCAUCUACAUGGCGUAACACAGAAAUGACUUCGGAGAUGAUCCGUGACCGUUCUGGAGGACGGCGUACCUGUCGAGGAUCAGCAGCCGGGGAGGGGUGGUGAUGAAGAUACUGCUUCGGCUGCUGUUCUGGUGGUGUAGUCAUGAGCUUGUUUUAACGACAGACAGUCACACAUCAGAUAAAAAAAAAUGUAUUUAAAACAAAAAAUUAAUAUAAUCCCUGCCUUACCUUACAGUGAAGACAAGUGGGAUAGGAGACUUAAAAAAAUGGGAAAAGUGACAAAAGGAUUCUAUUUUUGCCAUUGGUAGUCAGUAUGCAUGGUGGGCCGUUUGCAUUUUGUAAGUGUACAUCUCCAGCAGCAUGCGGUCAGUGAGAAUGUCACAUUCAUCCCAGGACUUAUUUGUGUGUGCUGUGCUACGAGUGUUUUUUUUUUCCCCCUCCCACAUCUUCCGUCUGGACCUCGCCCUGUCCCAUCUUCAACCGGAAGUGAACGCCGUCCCACCAUCGCAUCCGCAAACACCUGGUCUUGCAUGACGACACUGGAGUCUCUGAGGAGCACGGGCCGGGGUGGAGGACUAGCAUUAGCACUUUUCACACUCUCCGCCACAACAUGUCAGCAUGGAUUUAUUUGGGUUGUUUUUCACAUUGUUUUAAUUUUCUUUGUCAAAAUACCGCAAAUGAAAGAUUUGAUCGGUUUAGACGACAUUGUUACUCUUUAGAAUGCCAGGAAAAGUCAACUUGGCAUUCAGGUGUCACAAAGGGUCAACGUCUGUGGAGAAAAUCUGUGGGGUUUGCCAUGUUUAGUUUUUUUCAGUGUUCAUGCUUUAUUUUUGUGCACCUGGUCAAAACGUCAGUGUAACAGUUGCAGUUUCUUUUUUGUGUUUACUACACUUUUAGAUCAUUUUCCGUUAUCGGUUUCAAAUAGCGACUGAGAUGCCAACUGAUUGUAUAAUGAGCUUGUGAUGAGGUGGCCCCACUAAGGUCCUGUAACAUUGCCUACUCAUCAAACCUGAUGAAUUUUAGCCACAACUCUGAUUUAUUCUCAUCGCCCCAUCAUGGCUGACUGUAAACGAGCAGUAAAGCACGGUUACAGGAGUCCGAAUAAAGCAAGCACUGCUUCAACCUCAGGUAAAGUGGAGCAGCGUUAUUUUAAAAGUAGGUUGUGUUAACUUUAAUUUGCCUUGCGGUUCUUGCUAAUCACAUAUUGCCAAAGCAAAGCACAAGAGUGCUGAUCUCAAAAUCAAAUAACGUUGGAUCUAUUAAAGUCAUUGUUUUCUUUACUCAUUAUUACCCUAUUGUGACCGAGUAUGAACAAAAGCUUGUGCAAUUACUGAUCAGCUGUUUAUUAUAAUCAAAUGAACGGUCUCCUGAUUAUUAGCAUUUAAAUAAGUGCAAAAAAGUAUUAACUCUUAUUUUGCAGGCAGAUUUCAUAUAUUAAUAAUGUCUGGUCAGUCUGAGAUGUAGUUUUUCCAUUGGGUUUAGGGUCAUGGUUCAAUCAAAAACCAAUAAAAAGGAACAACAAAAAUAUAAUUUAGACGUCUAGAUAUGAUUGAACAUUCAUAUCCAACCUCAAAACACUCAAUCUAAUGAGGUGAAUAAUGAGGAGAACAUGAUGGCUCCCAAUAAAAUGCUCACUGAUGUUAUUAUAACAUUGCUGCAGUUCAACUGUCCAUCUCCACUAUGGCAUUUUCUGUCAAUUAUGUUUGUUUUUGUCUGUUUUUAAUGCCGCACAGUCACUCAUUUGUAUCCUAAGUGUUUAAUUUCACAUUGUAAUUCAAAAUGGUGAAAAGAUUCCCUUCGAUUGUAUUGAAAAGCUGUUCUUUAUAAGAUCCGGAUGUACAACAGUGUUUGAGAACAUUGUGUUAUUUGAUUGUCCACUUUAUUUAUUGAUAACUUAAGCAUGUUUGAGAGUGUGUGUCUGUGUGUGUGUGCGCGCGUUUAGGAGCCUUUUACAACAGGGUGCUGUCAUAUCCUGUUACGUUUAUGCAUUUUAAUUUUUGGAAUUUAAAAUCAAUGUUUCUUCUGGAUGUAUGUUUUCCUCAAGCAAAUUCUCUAGGUAAAUACAUAUAAUUUUAUUAGGACAAGCACUAUGAUUUUCAUAUUUAUCAAUAACAGUUGGAGUUUUGUGGGUGCUUGUGUUAUUCUUAAGACAGCUGGGGUUUUCUGUGUAAGCCAUCAAAUGAAAUCCAGUCCCAAAAGCUGAAAUUUCAGUUCAUUGUAGUGGAAGAUGAUGAAACUGAAUAAAAAUGUUGUGAAUGACCUUGCGAGGGAAUGCUACAUGAAAUUAUGAAUUAUACUUUAUUGUUUGCAAAUGUAUACAUAUUCUCUGUUGCACAUGGUAUGUUCCAGUAAUAAAGUCGGUAUGCACAACAUUAGUGGUAUAAUGCAAUAAGUGAGCGUGAAAGAAGAUUUUUUUUUUUUUUUAAAUGUUGAUGGAAUUUUCUCUAAUAAAGUUGCAAACACUCA